GGAGCGGGAGGUUUAAAUUGUCCCGCUUAUGCACUAAUAUACUGAAAUAAACAAUAUUUAAAUACGUUUGUAAAACGAUCUGAUUAGGACGCAUAACUGGAGCAAACGAAGAUGUCCAGAGAAAGACACAGAAAGCACCUUCAGGAGCUCCCUUCCUCCAGUGGGAACUUGCCAAAGUGGACACAGCUGCAGGAAACCAAGAAGACACACAAGGUCCCUUUCGGGGACAAUUGUGAAAAUGAAUUCACUCCUCAGGAACUGAUGCAAAGUUGGUCUCCCCUGCAGAAAAGACCUAGAAUCUGCAAAGGGAAAGAGAAUGAAGCUGUCCCCUUUGUUCUCGCUCGGAGGCCGAGGAGAAAGCGAGAAUCCGAAGCAGUGAUUUCCUGGGACGGCCUACCUGACGAGCUGCUACUCGGAAUAUUUCAUGGCCUUCCACUGGUUGACCUACUCAAUGUUUCCAGAGUGUGUAAACGGUGGCACCGCCUGGCGUUCGAUGAGUCUCUGUGGCACAGCGUUGAUCUGACGGGAAAGGCACUGCUCGCGCCCGCCCUCAGUCAGGUCCUGACAGCCGGGGUGGUGGCCUUGCGCUGCCCCAGGACCUGCAUAGGCAAACCGGCUCUCAAAAACCUAAGGUCUCUGCGUCUUCAACAUCUGGAUUUAUCCAGCUGCACCGUGAGUGUAGAAGUGCUUGAGGACAUCAUUGGCUGUUGCUGCAGGCUCCAGGACCUCAGUUUAGAGGGACUGGUUCUUUCAGAUCAAGUCCUCAUAUGUUUAGCACAGAACCCUGAGCUGCUGCGAUUGAACUUGUCUGGAUGUUCAGGAUUCUCUGCACAUUCACUGGGAGAGAUGCUCCACCACUGCACACGCCUGGAAGAGCUGAACCUGUCCUGGUGUGAAUUUACUUCGGACCAUGUUAAAGCCGCCGUGAACAACAUUCCUGAAAGUGUCACACAGCUAAACCUCAGCGGGUACCGCCAGAACUUGCACAUUGCUGAUGUGGAGGUAUUAGUGGAGAGAUGUCCACACAUUACUAACCUAGAUUUGAGCGACAGUGUCUUGCUGACAUCAGAAUCUUUUCAGCAUUUCUGCAAACUCCCAGCCCUCCAUCAUCUAGCCCUCAGCCGGUGUUACCAGAUCCACCCGGCGGCCCUGGUGGAUUUUGAGAACUUUCCCUCUUUGAAGAUGCUGGAGGUUUUUGGGAUCUUGCAGGACACAAGCCUACUAAUUUUGACAAAAGGCCUGCCGCACAUUAAAAUCAACUCCUGCUGUUUUACCACCAUCGCCCGACCCACUGUGGGAAGCAAGAACAGCAGGGACAUCUGGGGCAUCUCCUGCAGGCUGACCUACAGAGCUCCGUUCACCUCAUAGUGAAGGGCACUGACACUGCCAACCUGACAUUUAAAACUGCAGAGGUAGUUUUGGGAAGGUGGUGGUGGUGGUAGCUAUUUCACCCUAGUUUCAAAUACCCCCUCUGUGACAAUAUGCCAUCCCACACAAAGGACACAGCUAUUUUAUGCAAUACCUCCACAGUAAAUCCCAGCUUUUUUACUAACUGUACAGCCUUUUUAGUGUCCAUUUGUUAAACAAUGGCUGAUUUUAGCAUAUGUGCAAAUGAUGAUGGUGAUGCUGGUGGUGGUGGGGAUGAAGGUAUUAUUUUUGGAAGAAAUGUAUAACGAUAACUUGUUUCCAUUGUAUUGUUUUAAUGUGCACCACUUCCGCUGGAUUGAAGUAGUAUUAUUUUUAUUUAAUUUUUUUUUUUAUUUAAAUACCCAUUACUUAAUCCUUUUAUGGCCUCUGGAGAUUACAAUCAAAAGCAAAGAGGUUGAUUUUAUGUAAAACAUCCAUCUAAGCUCUGCUACCAAUUAAACGCGGAGAACAAUAAGAGUUUGUUUCUCAUAUUGCAACAUGUCAAUCUCCUGUAUGGGUAAUUGAAAUACUUUUGUUUCCAGGCAAGAUGAUUUAUAUUACAGAAAUGAAGUUUUAAGGUGGUUUGCUGUAUCUACGUGGAAUUGUGAUAUGCAUGUAGAACAUUUUUUUUUUUUUUUUUUAAAUGUAAAAACCUCAACUUUGGUGUCCUCCUCAUAAUUGUACUCUUAAAAUGGGGUCUGCGGAUAGUUAAAUCAUGUAUUCUGAAGGAAAACUAUAGAUAGAUGAACAGUAGCUGAAAUGUUUACUUGCCGUCUUAUAGUUUUCCCACAGAUAUUAUGAUUGAAUUUUUUUAAAGUUUAGGAAUUCAGGAUUGUUUGGGUACUAUUGGACCAGGUUUUUUUGUUUUAAAUCUGGCAGCUGCUGUAGUUGUAGGUUAAAUGUUUGCAGUUUAUGACACUCAGAAAUUGACUUACUAGUAUAAUUGUGUUAAUAUUGUUUUUUCUUGUUGAAAUGUUACAUGAAGUUGAUGCCUAUAACGUUACAUUGUCAAUGUUGACUAAAACUGGACUAGACCGGCUCCAUUUUAAAGCUUUGUACUCCAGGGCUGUUACAUUUUCUGACUUGGAAUGUUGCCCAAUCAUAUUGCAAAACUAUAAGUAAACACUAGGGAACACAAUACUAGAAUAAUUAAAAUAUUUUAUCUUGGGAUAUUAAAGUACUGUAUUUCUCCUCCAUUCACCCCUGUACUGUACUGUUGUUUGUAUUCAGUUGUUAUUUUUAAAUGUUAGAAAGGGGGAAAAGCUUCUGGGUGGACAGAGAACAGCUUUGUCGGCUGUGAAAUUGAAAUUAAAAACUUCAAUUCCAUAUCUUCUUUGUAUAACGCCUUGUGAACAGGCUGGCUCGCGGGGUGACAUCAGGCCAAGAAAUGCAGGACACAAAAUGGCGAGUGAACGCGCUGGUGCGCCGGUUUAUUGUAAAAUAAAUGUAAUUUGUUUUCUUUCUUUUUCAAGUCCGUUCUCCUGACUCUUCCGUUGUCUCCCUGAACACACCAACCCCGUGUGUGUGAAGCACUCGCUCUUUUAUGCAGCUGCUCCGAGACCCGAUUUGCUAAUCAAUUAUUCACUUGAAUCUCGACAUAGUCUGUACAUGAACUAAUUGUGCACAUCCUGCGUCUCCACACGAAUACACUUUAAUCUGCAUGUGAAGUGAUUGUGCAAUCUCUGUGCCUAAAUACAAAUACACAUUUUAAAUCACCUGUGCUACACAACCCACACCGUGCACCACUAAACACAUACAUACAAACAAUCCCACAUACAACAUAAAAUAUGUGCAGGGGGGUGCACCAUCACAUACCGCUAGAAAUUAAUUGCACCUCAAAAGACAAGGCUGUAUUUUAACAUUCAUCAAAAGACAAGUUAUCUGGCCUCAACCACAGGGCCUAAGUGGCAGUGGGUUAAUGUCAUUUACCUGUGCUUGAAUCUGGCUGAGUGAAAUGGGUCUGAUGGUCUAAACUUCAGCCUGCAGUAGACCGGCGUUUUGAUUCUGUUUGCACUGCAGUAGACCGGCGUUUUGAUUCUGUUUGUACUGGGCACUAUUUGCUGGCAGUCUUCGAAGAGAAGCUGGGGUUUGGGUUUGCUUGCAAAGUUGCUCCCUCCUCUGCUCUUUUUUUUUUCUAAUCCAGCAUCUUUUCUGAGCACCAACAGGAAUUUCACAAAUGCACCAAAGUUAGUCAGACUAAAAAAGAAACGUGGGUUUUAGGAGUAUUAUAGCAGUGGUUCCCAAACCGGUUCUUGGGACCCGCUGCUGCUUUGGGUUCAAGCCAAAAACAAUAAAUGCGAUUAAAGUUCAUGUGUUGCUGUUGUAUGUGUUUUGUUUUUUUGUUUGUUUGUUUGUUAAACUUAAUUUUGGAUUUAAUAAAUUAGAGAGACAGUUUCUCUACAUGUGGACAAGAACUUUUAAUCUUGACAUUUGUAAUCAAUUAACCAGAGCAAGUUCUGUAUGAAAGGAAUUUUAGUAGUAGUUUACCCUGAAAUAUUCAGUAAAAUAAUACAUUUUCCACUAAAAUCUAACUGAAUAAUUUUACUACAAAAGCUGUUUCUGUAAAUGCAUGCAUAACUUUUAAACUGAUGUUUUUGUAUUUAAUUUGAUUAAUGUAAUAUCAACAAAAAAUGUAAUACGUUAAGAUAAUGUGGAUGGAAGAUUCCAAUUGCAUAGCAAUUUGAUCCAGUCCUGUUUUACAAUGGGUUUGAUUUGGACACUCCUGAACUUGUUAUCUAUACACUAUGGCUAAUCAACCAAUGUUAUAAGAGUCUUAUUUCCAUCCAUCUGUAACUUGU